GUCUUAAGGAUGAAUUUUACUAAUGGCACAAACUUCAACAGCAUGUCAUUCACUGAAACACAGUUUUGCUAUGAGUCCUUGAGUGGAUCAUGUGAGAAAUUAUUUCGGCCUCUGAGCAUACAGUUUCUCAUGUUCUUGUUCACAGGGAUGGCCGUGAUGGCAACGGUGAGUGGGAACCUUCUGGUCAUCACCUCCAUAGCACACUUUAAGCAGCUGCACACAUCCACAAACUAUCUCAUCCUCUCGCUGGCAGUGUGCGACUUCUUUAUGGGAGCGUUUGUGAUGCCCUGCAUUGCAGUACGCACUGUCCUGGGCUGUUGUUACCUGGGCGACUUCAUGUGCAAAAUACACACCAGCACUGAUCUGAUGCUGAGCAUCUGCUCCAUCUUCCACCUGUCAUUCAUCUCCAUCGACCGGUAUUUUGCCGUGUGUAAUCCACUGAUGUACAGGUCCAUCAUCAGUUCAGUCACCAUCUUCAUUAUGCUCGCUACCAGCUGGGUGUUCCCUGCCAUCUUUGGUUAUACGCUGAUUUUUUCUAAACUGUACAUGAAAGGCUUUAACGAUUCCAUAGUAGCACAGGUGACAUGUCUUGGAAGCUGUGCAUUGGUGUUUAACCGGGAGUCAAACACAAUUAUCACUGCACUUUCAUUUUUCCUUCCAGCUCUGAUUCUGUUGUGCAUUUAUCUUAAAAUCUACACCGUCGCCCGAAAACAGGCUAGGGCCAUUAAACAGCUGACAAAACAGCUUGACACGGAGGGUACAAAUGAGUACAGGGUGUCUAAGCAAGAAAGAAAAGGAGCAAAAACCCUGUCGAUUGUGGUUGGAGUGUUCCUCAUGUGCUGGACCCCAUUUUUCCUGUGUAGCAUCAUUGACCCCUUCAUUGGCUAUGUUGUUCCUCCACUUUUGUAUGAUGUCCUACUUUGGUUUGGUUAUUUCAAUUCAGCGUUUAACCCUGUAGUUUAUGCCUUCUUUUACAGUUGGUUUAGAAAAGCUUUGAAAAUAAUCAUUUAUGGUGAAAUAUUUUAUACUAAUUCUUGUCAGAUGAGGCUGUAUAUGGAAUGA